AUGGAUGAAAUCCAUCACGACGUGGACGAAAUCAGACAAGAGUUCCUCAAGACAUUAAUCGAGAAGGACACAGGAGAAGAAGAAAUCGAAAUGAAGGACUUCCAUGUAGAACGAGCAACAGAAGCGGGUGACAACUUCGCCACCAUCGUUUAUCGCAUCAAGGCCAGCUACAUCAGCGGCUGCCAUGGGUCACGGAAGAACCGCGGUGCUGUGUUCAUCGGGAAGUUUCUCCCCGUCCAGCCAAAGCGCAGGGAAUCCAUAGAACAAAUAGGAUUUUUCAAAAGAGAGGUUUUGGUCUACAAUGAUCUCAUUCCAACCAUGAUAAAUUUGCAGAAGGAAAAAAUUAUCAUGCCUGAUGUGCCACGUUGCAUUUAUGCGAACGAGGAAUCCACACCGAUCGCAGCUGUCAUCAUGGAAGACUUGCGACCAAAGGGGUUCCGAUUGGCCAAUAAGUACCAAGGUCUCCAGCCAAAUGAAAUCCGACUACUGAUGAGGGCCUAUGGACGACUUCAUGCUUUGGGUGUACUAGUCGACCGACAUACCGAUUACAGUUCCUGGCCGAUUUUCCGCUUUUACGCAUACGAAAAACACCCCCAAUUGAGAGAAAUGGUGCGGAACAGUCUCGAUUCCGUCUGGAGACUCCUGGAGGAUAUGCCCGGGCAGAAGGAGAACGCACGAAGAGUGAAGGACUACGUCGUGAAAGUCGACGGUGGGAAAGAGCGUUUCUUGCAACUCUCAAAUCAGGGAGGCGGAUUGCAGACCUUCCUCCAUGGGGAUUGCUGGUGCAACAACAUGAUGUUCCGCUACGACACCGAUACGGGAGAACCAGUGGAGAUGAAGAUCCUUGAUCUCCAGAUCGUCGCCUAUGGCAAUCCAUGUCGCGACCUCAUGUUUGCUCUUUAUUGUAGCACGUCUAGGGAAGUUCGGGAGCAGACACCCGAUUUCCUCAAGCUAUAUCACGACACUCUCCUCGAUACUGCACAGAGUCUUGGAUUGGUCCUCGACUAUUCUUUCCAAGAUUUCCAGAAGGACAUGGAGGCGCACGAAGAAUUCGGAUUCUUUAUGGCUAUGUUCAUCAUCCCAAUUAUUCUGGCUGAAAAGCCCGAGGUCCCCGAGUACGUUACGACGGACUUGAAUCCCGACAAAAUGAUGAGGCUUCGGGAACAGCAGCUCUUCUCUGAGGGGACUGCGACCAUCAAGCAACGCCUCGUCGAAGUCGUCGAGCACAUGGUUCAACUUGAAGUUCUUUGA